GAAAAAAAAUCCGAAUGGCCUUCAGAGUACAAUCACUGCAAAUGGACUGCAGAUUUGAACGCCACGCUUCACGGAGCGCUCAGCUUGAAUUGGCACAUAGACCUAUAAGUUAUUACUAAUGAUGUCUGCGCUGUUAAGUUAUUUUUUACUUGAGGGAAGCAAUUACGACGGUUGUGGGAAAUUCAGCGUUGCUGAGCAGAAUAGGCUGUGUGCAACUUUUUAAAAAAUCCAGUGGAUAUCUCCAGCUCCAUGCUAUUUUCCGAGACAAAGAAGGGGACAACAGUUGUGGAUUAGUGGUCACGAUUUACGACGUAACCCCUUCUGUCAGGAGAUGAAUCACACAGAAGAUUUAUGACGUGAAAAUAGAGCUCAGCGUUUGACUCCCAGACGCUGCGCAGCUUCGUUUUCAGCGUUCUGUGUUCCAACUGUUCGGUACCUGUGGAAGUCCAGGCAGAGAGAGGCAGCUCGCUCUUCACUGAAGACGGAGCCGUGGUUUGUGUUUGCAGUUGUGUGGCCGCCGCGGUUAACACUCAGGUGGAUUUCUUAUAACUGCCGAGAACUCGAGGGGACAAGAUCAGCACCGCGUUUCUGAACAGCUCCCUUUAGCCCUCGGUGUGUUAUUUCCCGUCUGGAUGGGCGCUAUUUGUCUCCGUCUGUGAGUGCUGAUAACUGCUGGCGAGUAUUUCCAAUGGCAUCACACGGUUUUUGGUCUCUUGGAGCUGAAAAUGCGGGUGACAACAGCAACCAAAGCCCCAGCACACCAAGAGCUUGGUGUCAGGCGGCGGCACAAAAAUUUUCAGGAGGCAUCGGAUCAAAAAUAUGUGCUCUGCUUAAUGUUGGAGAGGCCGAGAAACCAGCGGACCCUGCCGUCAAGCAAACCGAGGUUGAGCCAGAGACCUGCAGCUGCAACAAACCUUGCAAUUGUUCCAAAACGAAUGUUGGUUUCUCAGAUCUCUAUUCAACAGAUCUACUUCCCGCUACGAACGGGGACGUUAAGACAUUGAAUUUUCUUCAAGAGGUUGUGGACAUUUUGCUGGCAUAUAUUGUGGAGUCGUUUGACAGGUCAACAAAAGUAAUUGAUUUUCAUUAUCCAAAUGAAUUGCUUCAAUCGAACAACUGGGAACUGUCGGACGAUCCAGAAACACUGGACGACAUUUUACUUACUUGUCGUGCUACUCUGAAAUACGCCAUAAAAACAGCUCAUCCGAGAUACUUCAAUCAGCUUUCCACCGGAUUAGAUAUGGUCGGUUUAGCAGCUGACUGGCUAACGUCAACUGCCAACACAAAUAUGUUCACCUACGAGGUCGCACCGGUUUUUGUGCUGCUGGAGUACGUGACACUGAAAAAAAUGAGGGAGAUCAUUGGUUGGCCGGAAGGUCGAGGGGAUGGAAUAUUCUCACCAGGUGGCGCCAUCUCUAAUAUGUAUGCAAUGCUGCUGGCUCGAUUCAAGAUGUUUCCUGAAGUGAAGGAGAAAGGAAUGUCAUCGGUUCCAAGGCUGGCUGCGUUCACAUCUGAACACAGUCACUUCUCAAUCAAGAAAGGGGCUGCUGCUCUGGGGAUUGGCACCGACAGUGUCAUUUGCAUCAAGGUCGACGAGAGAGGUAAAAUGAUACCAUCGGACCUCGAGAGAAGAAUAGUUGAAGCCAAACAAAAGGGCCAUGUGCCAUUUUUCGUCAGCGCCACCGCCGGCACCACCGUGUACGGAGCCUUCGACCCCCUCAUCGCCAUCGCCGACAUUUGCCAGAAGCACAGCGUGUGGAUGCAUGUGGACGGAGCCUGGGGAGGAAGUCUGCUCAUGUCUCGCAAGCACAGGUGGAAACUUAAUGGAGUCGAAAGAGCCAACUCAGUAACAUGGAACCCCCAUAAGAUGAUGUCUGUGCCCUUGCAGUGCUCAGCCCUCCUGGUCAGAGAAGAGGGCCUGAUGCAGAGCUGCAACCAGAUGCAUGCCUGCUACCUUUUCCAGACGGACAAGCACUAUGACCUCUCCUACGACACCGGGGACAAGGCACUGCAGUGCGGCCGCCACGUUGACAUCUUUAAACUGUGGCUUAUGUGGAGGGCUAAGGGCACUAUUGGGUUCGAGGCUCAAAUUGACAAAUGCUUGGAGCUUUCAGAGUACCUGUACAAUAAGAUCAAGGACAGAGAGGGGUAUGAGAUGGUGUUCAAUGGAAAACCGCAGCACACCAACGUGUGUUUCUGGUACCUUCCGCCUGGCGUUCGCUAUUUGGAGGACAAAGAGGAGCGGCAGAAGCGGCUGCAUAAGGUUGCCCCUGUCAUCAAGGCCAGGAUGAUGGAGUAUGGAACCACCAUGGUGAGCUACCAGCCACAAGGAGACAAGGUCAACUUCUUCCGCAUGGUGAUCUCCAAUCCAGCAGCCACUUUGGAGGACAUUGACUUCCUCAUCGAGGAGAUCGAACGACUCGGACAAGACCUUUAAGGCUACUCGGCCAAAACAUAUCAGACCUUUCCUUUAGACAAAUGAAAUGUUUGUUGUGAAUGUACCAGUAUUUCAUUUUCUUUCCCUCAAAAUGCUACAUAUAAAUAUAUAUAAAUAUAUAAGUUAUAUUAGACCAAUGUAUAUUUCCGUAUAGUAGUGUUGGUGUGAACAACAUUGUCCAAAGCCCUGUUAAAAUGCUUCUGUCUGCCUUUCGUGUCUAGAUUAGAGCAUUAGAUGUGUCUUCAUCCGUACAGUAUUUAAAUAUUAUAUUCUGUAUAGGACCUGAUUUGCUCCAUGUUGGUGCAAUAGAUGAGAAAACCAAACUAGACUUAAUAUUCCUUCUAAUUCUGAUCUAACUCUUAAAGCUGAAACAUCACGCUAGGCAUAUAGUAGGUUUAAGAGGGCGUUUCAACUUACCUCAACUCAAUUCACUGCCUUUACAUAAGCAAUCUCUCUGUAGAGGUUCAGGUUCAAUCUUAAAGCAAUCCCCCGCUGAGCUGGCUGGGCUGUAUUGUAAAGAAAAAUGUCAGCGGACAAGAAGAACCCUGUCAAAUGUAACACUUUAAAAGCAAUCGACUGGUGCCCCAGAUUUUCCUGUUUCCACAGGUUCUGACCCUUUCUGACCGCCAUUUAAGAAACUGUCACUUAUGGCAGGAAACCUCUUGAAAGAAUCAGACAAGCAGGAGUCCUUUGCAGUUUGAAGGUAAUAUUACAACAUUACAUCAUAUUACAACCAGAUUUCACAAAUGUUUGCAAAGCUUUUGGUAAACACUUUGCAAGCAAAAUGUCAGUUGUCGCUCAGACAAAUGCGCCUCCAGUCCUCCAGUUUGUUUUUCUAUCUGCAAGUGGCUCUUUUUUCCUUGUGUGUGUAAAAGUUGCCAUUGUGAUUCUUCGUUCUUUGGAAGCAGCAGCUAAAUCUUGCCGAAAUGAGGCACAUCCCGCCAAUCCGGCCCCCAGGGAUCGAUAAUUGGCCACUGCCUAUCUUCUCAAAGGUACAGGAAGCCUUAUCACAUAGAUACAAUGUCCUGCUGUCAAAUCGCUUGCUGACGCACAUUCAGACCUCCUAAAGAAAGGAGGGGAAAAACUGCCAGUUGAAAAAGAGGUUCUGGCUGUUGCCCCCUUCGUUGAUUCCCUGAACUCUGCGAGGGGGUUCUUGGAGAUUGAACUGCGAAAGAUUUAUCAUGCUUUGGAAGAGGUUUGGCUCUUUGCCCGACAUGCAGCAGAAAGCCAACUUUACUGGCACUAAAACAAAGGGGUGAGAUGAACACCCUCUGUUGCCAUUAUCACAUUUAUAUUUGAUGUCAAGCAGUAUAGCACACUAGGUCAAGCAGUGUGAGCUUCACCAUCGGAAUCCACAAUUAUUGCUUGAAAAUUAUGUUUUAAAAGCACAACUGAUCUUAUAUGGUAAUGGUAUUCUCACUUGGCUUGUACUAGCUUCUGACCACAUAUUGUAAAUAGGAUUUUCAAAAUGUUCCUGACUAAUUACAUAUCCAAGUCAUAUACAUCCAGUGUAUAUACAAGAGAAUACCAGAGACUAUUUGCGAAGUACUGAUAAUUAUUUUUCUCUAUUCUAUAUAAAUACCUAAGUUUUAUUUCCACUGUUAGUAAUGCUUUAGUGCGUGUUAAAUACUUGAAAUGGCAAAAAAUAUAGCAUAUUUUCAAUCGUACAGCGCAAGUUCAGGGAUUGGCUUUACUCUUGGGAACUGAAAAUGUUGGAAGCUUCUGGUGUUUUCAGUUAACUGACAAUUUUUGCUUUGAAAACAGUAUGUGGGGAUAUGUACGACUGUGUGACAGGUUUCAAAUGAAUAUGCAAAGUCAUGUCUAAUCUGAGCCCUGUAUUUUUUGUGUACAAGUGAUGUACUUGAUGGUACUGUAUGCGCCAAACUUUCAUGGGCCAAAAGUGUUUUUUUGUGCAUUUGUAACUGUGUUGCCUUAGUUUCAAUUGCCGGUGUAGUCUAGUUCUCCUCAAACUUGAGGCUGUGCACUUUAGAGUGAGAUGUUUUGCGUACGAUGCCUGAGUAUGUGCAAUGUCCCAUGGUUGUUUCAUAGUUUGUUGUAUAAACUGUGAUUGGUAUAAAAAAGAAGUCCGAAUGUGUCGCCACUUCUGUGUCCAUUGAAGGUCUAAGCCUGGGUUUAAGCUGAAGCCUUGCGUGUUUGUCGUUCAGUUGCUUUUUGUAUUCUGCUGGUGUAAUCGGUAGAUGCGAUAAAUCUGCUUUGUUACCUGUGCGUGCAGUCGCUGUGGCAAAAAAAAAAUCCCUCCUGCUUUCGUUCUCCAAAAGUAGUUGCAUUUGGUUCCGUCUUAAAUUAGUAAGCACACUGUGAGCCGGAUAACUUUGGCACUUCAUUCGCAAAAGAGAGAGAGUGGGGAAACUAACUGACAUAAACAUGACAUCAGCCAUCUUUGUUUUUCUGCUGCUGCUACUAGAUUUGCUUAUUUUGCACUUGCAUGAUUGCCUUGCCUUCCAGUUUAGGAUAUAAUCCCUUUAGCCGCAAUAGUAGUAGCUCUUCUUAGUUUUAGCAAAUUGCGUAGCCAAUAGCAUGAUCGCAUAGGGUGGCAGAGCACCACCAUAGCUUCUUUGUGACUUAUUCCUGUGAUGUUCCACCCAGAUAGCAUGUAUUGGUGUGGCUUCCCUGCCAAUGGCCUGCUCUGCGCUAGCUGACUUCCCCUCUUACUCUUUAGCUCUCUAUGUCUCUCUCUUAUCAGCUUCAGCUUUGAAAGUAGACUGUGUGGGUCUUAGAUGUGCUCUUUAUUUCGGCAACUUUAAAUAUUUUUAUUGAACCUCUUGAGCCUUGCUCUCGUAGCCAUAAAACCCUUUCAAAGCAGACAUUUCAUUGCUGCCUUCAAGCACGUUUUCAGGACGCCAGCCAUUUCCCAGACAUCUGGGGUUUUUUGGGGAGGCAAAAUUACAAACCUUGUUGCACAGAGGCAAUAUCAAUUGUGACAAUUCAAUGUGUGUUGGCUAUCUUGAUGUAACAUGUACGGGAGCUCAUUAGGACCAAAAUAAAGUCAUGUCAGUAAAUGUUGAUGAAAGUUCUUGUUUUCUGAGUCACUGUGUUAAACUUGAAUCAGACUAUGACCUGGUAUUUGUGAGGUGACAUCAAUGACAAGUGUGACAUGCAGGCCCCUACAUGCAGUGGUACUUUGAUAUUCUUGAAACGUGUGUAUUGUAUUGGGGGAAAAAAUUGAAUAAAUAUUCUUGCCAAACA